AAUAAAAGUAUAUUUUUGACGCAUUUGACGUUUGUUUAUUAAAACGAUUAUUGUGUGCAUUAGCGAAACAAAAAUGUAAUUGCGAAAUUAGUGAUAUCUUCGUAAAUAAACACAAUGUCGCGUUUUUUACUAUUAAACUUUAAAGAUUUUGGUCUCAACCAAGAUAUAACACAGACGAUUCAGUCGCAAACGCUUGCUUGUAUAUGUUGUUUGGAUUCCAAUGUACCUCUUAUCAACUUGUCGACUUGUAAACAUGAAAUAUAUUUGCAAAAUUUCUACAAAACUGUGGCUGAACCAUCUAAGAAAGUAGUGUGUUUGGAGUGCCACAAUGUCCUGAAGAUGAUAGAAACUUUCCGACAGCAGGUGGUGAAGAGCUUUCAGAGAUUGGCUGAGGAAAUAACUUCAACAUCACCUCAAAACUAUACCAAACUUAAUAAAAACAAGUACAAUUUAACAGAAAAGAAAACAGUAAAUAUUUACCUGCCACCAGCAAAGUACACUGCAGAAAAAUGGCAACCCCAACCACAGAUAAACAAAGUUGUGAAGAAAGAGGAGUCUCUGGAACCUGCGUUGCCAGUGGUGAAAAUUAAGGCUGAGCCGGUUGAGAGUGAGAGAGAAAAGGUUGAGAUAGAAAUAGUUCCUGUGAAAAAGCAAGAGGAAACUAAAGCACCACCAGACAAGAACCCGGCUGUCCGAACCGUGACCCUGACCAAAGAACAGUUGGUACUCGAGCGCUUGAAACAAGCACAGUCUCCUGCUUACCUGAAACUACCAUAUCGCUGCGAAAGCUGUGUCGUCGGCUUCAACUAUGAGGAGAAUAUAAAAGAUCAUAUGAAGAGAAAACAUGGCCCGAAAGUGGGCAGCGUGACGUGCGACGUGUGCCUGGCCGUGCUGCAUCCCCCCGGCAGCCUCGCGGCGCACAUGUUCCGACACCUCACCAGGUGACCAGUUCAUUCUGUAUAGGAGCCCAGCGUGUAUUACAGACAGUGGGCAGUAUGACGUGCGACGUGUGCCUGGCCGUGCUGCAUCCCCCCGGCAGCCUCGCGGCGCACAUGUUCCGACACCUCACCAGGUGACCAGUUCAUUCUGUAUAGGAGCCCAGCGUGUAUUACAGACAGUGGGCAGUAUGACGUGCGACGUGUGCCUGGCCGUGCUGCAUCCCCCCGGCAGCCUCGCGGCGCACAUGUUCCGACACCUCACCAGGUGACCAGUUCAUUCUGUAUAGGAGCCCAGCGUGUAUUACAGACAGUGGGCAGUAUGACGUGCGACGUGUGCCUGGCCGUGCUGCAUCCCCCCGGCAGCCUCGCGGCGCACAUGUUCCGACACCUCACCAGGUGACCAGUUCAUUCUGUACAGGAACCCAGCGUGUAUUACAGACAGUGGGCAGUAUGACGUGCGACGUGUGCCUGGCCGUGC